AUGAAGACGAAGAACAUCAGGACCCUCUCCCUCAUUCUCUCCAUAGUUUUCUACCUGCUCAUUGGAGCCGCCGUCUUUGACGCACUGGAGUCGGACAGUGAGAGUUCAAAGAAAAGGGCGCUGGAGCAGAAGCUGAACGAGCUGAAGAAAAAGUACGGCUUCGCCGAGGAUGACUACAGGGAGAUUGAGAGGGUGGUCCUUCAGUCGGAGCCGCACCGCGCCGGGAGGCAGUGGAAGUUCGCCGGCUCCUUUUAUUUUGCCAUCACUGUCAUCACCACAAUUGGUUAUGGCCAUGCCGCUCCACGCACUGAUGCUGGGAAGACCUUCUGCAUGUUUUACGCUGUCUUGGGCAUUCCUCUGACGCUGGUCAUGUUCCAGAGCCUGGGAGAGAGGAUCAACACUUUUGUCCGCUACCUUCUGUGCAGAGCCAAGCAGGGCCUGGGCUUACGGAAGACCCAGGUGUCCAUGGGGAACAUGGUCCUAGUGGGUUUGCUCUCAUGCAUGAGCACCCUGUGCAUCGGAGCUGCAGCCUUCUCGCACUUUGAGGACUGGACUUUCUUCAAUGCCUAUUACUACUGCUUUAUCACACUCACCACCAUUGGAUUCGGGGAUUUUGUGGCCCUGCAGAAGAAAGAUGCUCUCCAGAAACGACCACCCUAUGUGGCAUUUAGCUUCAUGUACAUUUUGGUUGGGCUGACAGUCAUUGGGGCUUUUCUUAACCUGGUGGUCCUGAGGUUUCUCACUGUAAGCACUGAGGAGCCUGACAUGAGGCCGGAGGCAGGGGGAGAGGAGCAUGGAAGGCAGCCUAAGGACAAGCAGGGGGACAUAGAGUUGUCGGAAGUAGAAACUGCUGAUGCUGGAUAUAAAGUCAGCAAAGAAAGACACGGCAGCCUGUACAACCUAAGUCUUCCCAUGGAGGGGGGCACCAGCUGUCUGAAUCUCCUCUCCUCUCCCCUAGAGGAGCGCAGACUUGUUUUAUCUGAGCACUCGAAGCCCAGCAGAUUCAGGGUCUUGUUCUCCUGCAUGUGCUGUGGCCUGGACAUUUACAACAGCCCCUCUCCUCCUCACUGUGACCAGGCAGGCGGCCAUAGUAACCCCGUCUUUUACAACUCCAUCUCCUACAGGGUGGACCAAGCCUCGUGCAGCUCGUGCACUAUGUCGUCACAGGCCUCCCCAAGCAGCGUAGCCCUCUGUUUGGGAAAGAACAAACUUCACACCAGGAGGAAGUCAUUCUAACUCUCUGCACUUUUGACUUGUCUCAGUGGCCUUUGUUUUGGACUUUUUGUACACACCACAGAACAGGUAAAAACUAUGAUUUUCCGCUCGGUGAAACAAAAUGCCCUGUGCUUUCCUAGUCAUGAAUGCAGCAUUACUGGCUGUCAAUUAAAAUGCAACAUGUUAUAAGAAUCCUCUAAAGUUUAUAAUGUAUUUUUCUACAAUCAAUAUUACUGCAAAAAAGGUACAAAAAAUAAGAAACUAAUGUUUUCCACUAUUAUUGUCCCAAUAUACUGUAUGUUAUAUAAAAGGUAUCUACAGGAAGUGUGUGAUCAACUAGCAGAAAACGCAACA